GGUGACAAACUGAGAGGAAUCCUCAUGUAGCGACAUCUGACGACAGCGCGACAAGUACUCAUGAGAAUUGGCUCUUUCUCUUUCUUUUGACACAAGCGAACGGGUGUACCCAGUUUGCAAUCAAACACAGACAAGAUGCCACGUGAAAUCAAGGAAAUCAAAGACUUCCUGCUCAAGGCCAGGAGGAAAGACGCCAAAUCUGUUAAGAUAAAGAAGAAUGCUGACAAUGUCAAAUUCAAGGUGCGUUGCUCUAGAUUUCUGUACACCCUCGUCAUUACGGACAAAGAGAAGGCAGAGAAGCUGAAGCAAUCCCUUCCCCCAGGUCUCCAGGUGAAAGAGGUGAAGAAAUCGAGCGAGAGAAUGUAAUUCUGUUCUGUGAAUAAAGUAAUAAAAUUUUCAUAAAUUCAAAA